AUGGCUAACAAGCGAUGUAAUUACGAGAAAGAAGAUUUGGAAAAAGCGAUUAAAGCCUAUAAGAACGAUGAAAUGCCUUCCGUGGCCGCUGCAAAAGCUUUUAAUAUUCCAGAGAGUACAAUAAGAAAACAUAAAUCAAAUCCUGUACUGAACAUUGGUGGUGGUCGUCCACGGUUUCUCACAGAUGAUCAAGAAGAAUAUCUAGUCGUAUUGUUUCAACAACUGGAAACGAUCGGCGUAAGAUUAACAAAAGAUGUGGUUUUAAAAAUUGCUGGUGAAUAUAUGUCAUUGAUUAGGCAGGGAAGGUUUGAUGAAAAAGGUGAAUUAGUGGUGGUAUCAAUCGAAACACAAUAUGCUUUCGAACAAUUCGGCGGCACCGGUAGGCAGUUUACAACAGCUCUUAUAUGCUGUAAUGCAGCUGGUGAAGUAAUGCCACCAUUCAUAAUAUACUCAGCGAAAAACUUGAGCCCAACAUGGUGUAAUGGAGGCCCUGUAGGAACAACAUAUAAUGUUUCUGAGUCCGGAUGGAUAAAUGAAACCUUAUUCACCACAUGGUUUGAAACCAGUUUUAUUCCAUAUACAGCAGCGGUCGAACGUCCAAUACUUCUUAUUAUGGAUGACCAUGCUGCUCAUAUCAAUAUCAAAACAAUCGAAUUAGCAAAACAACAUCAUAUAAUACUCUUGUUGUUACCACCACACACGACGCACGCGUUGCAGCCACUUGACGUGGCCACAUUUAACCUAUCAACAGAUCCAAUAACAACCACAACAAAUUUUUCAUCAUUAAAUUCAAAUUAUCCUUUGAACGAUGACUUGUCGAGUAAUCAGUCAAACUCUGAAAUUCCAAUACCUGCCUCAAAAUUUAAUCGUCUAAGACCCUUAUGGGACGAUGACAGUGAUACAGAUAAAAACAUCGAUACUGGCAAAGUCACACCAAACGUACAUGGUAACUUCACAAAAAAGUAUAAAAAAUAUUCGAUCCUUGACCUUGAUUCAAGUGAUGAAGAAGAAAAAACCUAUACUAGCCUCAACUCUGUUCCACUCAGUCCUACUUCAGCAGUAAGAUCGAUUGUGACAAACGUUAUCCAUCAGUUACCACCGCCUUCACCUCUAACGAUAACAAGAAAUACAAGAAUUCGAGCCGAAAGACGAUAUGGAGAAGAAAUUACUACUGGAAAUCUUUUGGAUGAAUUGAAACAAAAAGCUGUUACAAAACCACCAACAAGAAGAGGAAGGAAGCCAAAAAACUCAGUAGUUAAUCCACCAUCGGGGGGCACUCACAGUACCAUCAAUAUCAUCCGCUCAUCACCAACAUCCUCCACAACGUCUCUCGCCAUCCAUCCCGCCACAGCAGCUUCCGCCUCUACAAUGUUUACAGUACAGCCAAUACAAUACAAUCUGCUUUCUUUCGAUUAA